AUGAGUCCUGCCGCGAAGCAAUGGGAUAUCGGCGGAACCUGCUCUGAGAUCUCCCUCUGCCAGGAAAACAGGGCGCUGGGUCCUGGCAGUGUCAGUACUGAUGUGCAACCGUACGAAUCCCGUUUGGCCUCGCCGUGUGAUAUUGUUAUAGGGGAACAAGGCCUGGAGCGCGGCGACGCGGGAGUCGCCACCGGCAAACCGUCCCGUAUCGACCAGGGUGCGACCGGCGGCAUCGGUUCAGAUAUCGAGCCAUGCGGCCAUGGCGAACUGCGGCACAGACCUGGCGAGGAGGGGGCGGGUCCUCUGCCCCAGGGCAUCGGUCGGGCACGCACACCGGACAACCCGCAUGAAAAGGACGAGGCCGGGCCGCAUCCGUGCCCCCGCCCGCAGUUCGAUCAGCGUGUCCAUGACUGCGCAUCAUGUUCUAACCAUGAGACCGAGUACACGCGGAUUCUGAAAGAGGAAGCGCAGAUGAACUGGAGAUAUAACGUAUCUGCUAGCGCUGCCAACUGGAUCCUUUUAGCCGGGUAUCUGGUCGUUCCUGCGACUUUCACCUCUUUGAACGAUUCAACUGCGGUAGAGAAGACGCUGCAAGCAAAUGACGCUGGGCGGGCGGUCUUGAGGACCAUCAGGAAUCCUCCCUUACUAGCCAUCGCUUGCCUGUUCUUCGUCGUCGGGGCUACGCUCUUGGGAUAUCUCUUCGUCUGCUUUCGGAAGAGCUACUCGUGGGUGGUCAACAAGAUCUUCUUACCCGGCUGUAUGAAUGCCGUGGCUGGUUUGCUCACCACGCUUGUCAGCGUCCUGGCUAAUCACUCCGGUGAAUGUUCCAUCAUGGCAAUCAUGACCUUCGUCGUCACCGGCACCACGUCCGGGAUCUUCCUGAUCCUCUCGAUCUGGUAUAAGUUUUUUCUGAUCCAACCAGUCGUGGCGGAAGACUUGGCCGAAUCUCAUGGCGAGACCUUUCAAAGCUCACACUGCUCGUGCGCAGACGACGUCGACCUUCCAAGCCCACCUCCUGCGUACACAGUUAGGCAUUGA